UAAGAUGUAGGUGUUAUCCUAUAGGAUGCAUGUAUUCUUUUAUCAGGAAAAAUAGUUCAAGUACUAAUUAGCGUGCUACGCUAUAUUUAAAGGAUAAAUUAUUCAAGGGCAAGUGAGGCCGGACGAGAGUUGUUAUUUGGAGAUAAGCAUAUCAGACUGAGAGAUGAUUCACACAAAUGAUGAUAUGAUGAUGGAGAUGGAAUCCGCAGCUGCAUGCAGUCUUGCGUGGAAGGAUUUAACUGUGAAGAUCGGGAAAACACACACUAUUCUCCACCAACUAUCCGGCUAUGCUGAGCCAGGAACUUUCACCGCUCUCAUCGGACCUUCCGGCUCCGGCAAGUCCACGCUGCUCGAUGCCUUAUCCGGCCGCCUCUCCCCCGAUGCCUUCCUCUCUGGAUCUAUUCUCCUCAACGGCCGCAAGGCCAACUUAUCUUUUCGAACCAUUGCAUAUGUAACACAAGAUGAGAGCUUGCUUGGGACUCUAACCGUUAGAGAAACAAUUGCGUAUUCAGCUCGGAUCCGCCUCCCGGAUGGGAUGCCCUUGUCCGACAAGUCUGAGAUCGUAGAAAGCACCAUCCUAGAAAUGGGACUUCAGGACUGUGCCGAUACAGUGAUCGGAAACUGGCACUUGCGAGGGAUCAGCGGAGGCGAAAGGCGAAGAGUCAGCAUUGCACUUGAGAUCCUAAUGAGGCCAAAAUUGCUCUUUCUUGAUGAACCAACCACUGGACUAGACAGUGCGUUGGCGUACUUUGUGACUCAGACGCUGCGCGGAUUAGCGAAAGAUCAACGGACAGUGAUAGCGUCGAUCCACCAGCCUAGCAGCCAAGUGUUUGAGCUGUUUGACAAGUUAUGCUUGCUCUCUCGUGGCAGAACAGUCUACUUUGGCCAAGCAUCAAAAGCUGACCAGUUCUUUGCUGGAGCCGGUUUUCCAUGCCCUGAAUUUGAGAACCCUGCCGAUCACUUCAUCCAUUGCAUCAACUCUGAUUUCGACAAAGUGAAGGCAACUCUGAGAGGAUCAAUGAAGCUGCAGUUUGAGACAGAUGGUGAUCCUCUAGAAAAAAUAACAGUAGCUGAAGCUACCGAAAUUCUCGUAGACUCAUAUCGUAGCUCAGAAUAUUGUUAUUCAGCAAAUAAAAAGAUUGAGGAAAUAUCCAAACUUAAAGGAAGUGUUGUAGAUUUGAAAGGGAGUGAGGCGAGUUUCUUGAGACAAGCGACCGCAUUGACACAACGAUCGUUUGUUAAUAUGUGGAGGGAUUUCGGGUAUUAUCGGCUGAGGCUUGUCAUAUACAUCUUUGUUGCAGUCUGUGUUGGAUCUGUUUACUAUGACAUAGGAACUGGUUAUACUUCCAUCCAGGCGAGGGGAGCAUGUUCGUCUUUCGUCGUUGCUGUUGUGACCAUGAUGUGCAUCGGAGGCUACCCCUCUUUUGUGGAGGAUAUGAAGGUUUUCCAAAGGGAGAGGCUGAAUGGGCACUACGGUGCGGCCGCAUUUGUUGUAAGCAACACUUUGUCAGCAAUCCCAUAUUUGAUAGUGAUGAAUGUAAUGACAGCAACAAUUUGCUAUUUCAUGGUGGGUUUCCACUCUGGUUUCUGGCACUAUGCAUACUUCAUAUUGAUCCUAUAUGCUUGUUUGAGUGUGGUUGAGAGCCUCAUGAUGGCCAUAGCUUGUGUUGUUCCUGAUUACCACUUGGGGAUCGUCGUCGGCGCCGGAAUUCAGGGAAUAUUUAUGCUUGCGGCUGGCUUCUUCCGACUCCCAAAUGACAUGCCAAAGCCUGUCUGGCGCUAUCCUUUGUCAUACAUAAGUUUUCACUUUUGGGCUAUACAGGGGCAAUACAAGAAUGAUUUGAAAGGGUUGAUGUUUGACGACAUAUCACCUUAUCUGCCUAAGCUUUCAGGAGAGUUUAUUUUGGAAAAUACUUUUCAAAUCGACAUUCAUCAAUCGAAAUGGGUUGAUUUGAGCAUUAUAUUCAGCAUGAUAAUCGUAUACAGGCUCAUCUUCUUCGUAAUGAUCAAAGCCAAUGAAGAUGCCAUACCAUGGAUUCGACGUUAUAUUGCCAGCAACCAAAAGAACGCAACCAGCUAGUGUAAAUUUAAUUGGUCAAAAGACUAGUAUUAUUACAACCAACUAGCAAUUUUCUUGUACGAAUAUUCAUACAAUAUUACUACUAUUUAUUAACUCAUUUAUGUAUUUAUACAUACACAAUUUCAUAGAAAUAUUUUUUG